AUGCCAACCAGAUUCAGUAAGCAUAGAAAAUCAAGAGGUGACGUUUGUGCCGGUUACGGUCGUGUUGGUAAACACAGAAAGCAUCCAGGUGGUCGUGGUAAUGCUGGUGGUCUCACUCAUCACAGAAUUAACUUUGACAAAUACCAUCCAGGUUAUUUCGGUAAAUUAGGUAUGAGACAUUUCCAUUUAUUAAGAAACCAAUACCAUUGUCCAACCGUCUCAUUAGAAAAGAUCUGGACUUUAGUCCCAGAAUCCGUCAGAAAAUCAUUAGCUGCCAAGAAUGACGGUACUGCUCCAGUUGUUGAUGUCACCCAAAAAGGUUUCUUCAAAGUUUUAGGUCACGGUAUCCUCCCAACUCAACCAAUCAUCGUCAAAGCUCGUUAUUUCUCUAAAGUCGCUGAAAAGAAAAUCAAAGCUGUCGGUGGUGCUUGUAUCUUAGUUGCUUAA